AUGCACUCACAAUUGUCAGACAAGAAAAUAGUGUGCAAAGACUUUAUAGAAGCAUUAGAAAAAUGCCACUCUAACAACUGGGCGCGGCUAUUGGGUUUCUGCAACCUACAGAAAGACGAGUUGAACCUAUGUCUGCGAGAAGAGAGACUGAAACGGACUACCGCUAACCGCGAAUUAUCUCAGGAACGCAAACACAAAGCCGAAGAGGCCCGCAAAAAAUUCUAUAGCGACGAGUGA